UUAUCUUUUAAAAAUAAAUAAAAUAGUUUAAAAAAAUGUUAGAAAAUUCACCUUUAACUGGGUAUGAUGCUGCAGUUAUUGUUAUAUACUUUAUUCUAAUUCUUGGUAUAGGAUUUUAUUCUUUUUUUAUAGCAAAUCGUUCAACUAUCUCAGGUUAUUUUUUAGCUGGAAGAUAUAUGAUAUGGCUUACGGUCGGUGGCUCCUUGUUCGCUAGCAAUAUUGGGAGCGAACAUUUUGUCGGCUUGGCUGGAUCUGGAGCAUCGUCGGGUAUUGGAGUUGCGGCAUUCGAAUUCAAUGCCGCUAUAGUUCUACAGUUGUUAGGAUGCCUUUUCUUACCCGUUUACAUCGCCAGUGGGGCGAAUACACUCCCAGAAUAUAUGAAGAAACGUUUCGGGGGAACUCGUAUUAGGACUUAUUUAGCCUGUCUCUACAUAAUUUUGUACAUUUUUGCCAAAAUAUCGGUUGACUUAUACUCGGGUGCGCUAUUCAUUGAAAGAGGGCUUAAUUGGAAUAUGUACACGUCGAUUUUUUUCAUCCUUUUUAUGACUGUGAUAUGUACUGUAACGGGUGGCUUGACUGCUGUGAUGUAUACCGAUACGGUCCAAACGUUUUUAAUAAUCAUUGGAGCAGCUGUAACCGCUUUUAUAAGUAUAAAGCGGGUCGGAGGCUUCCAAGCCCUCAAAUACAAAUAUAUGAAUGCCAUUCCUACCGGACUUGAAGAAACAUUUAUAGCCAAUACAAACAGUUUUAUAGAAUCAGAAAAACAUAUCCUAACCUCGCAGUUCAAAAAUUUCAGUCUUUACAAUGAAAAAAUGAUAUCUCGGUACAAUAAAGGUUGCAGCUUGCCUAGGAUAGAUGCUUGGGUCUUAUUACGUAAUGCAUGGAACUCUGAUGUUCCUUGGCUUGGAAUAUUUCUCGGGCAGACCACUGUCUCGCUAUGGUAUUGGUGUACUGAUCAAAUGAUGGUUCAGCGAGCCUUAGCCGCUAAAAGCUUGUCUCACGCCCAGGGUGGCACGAUAUUUGUCGGCUAUCUUAAAUUAUUACCCUUGUUUUUACUCAUAAUACCUGGAAUGGCCAGCCGAGUUUUGUACACAGACUUAGUGGCCUGUUCAGAUCCAGAAAAAUGUAAAAAAAUAUGCGGGAAUAAAGUCAGUUGCGCCAACAUAGCAUACCCUCUUAUGGCUUUCGAUAUAUUGCCCCCUGGAAUGAAAGGCGUCAUGUUUUCUGUGAUGUUAGCAGCCCUCAUGAGUGAUCUAGCGUCCGUUUUUAACAGUUCUAGCACCUUGUUCACGAUUGAUAUAUGGCAAAAGAUUAGGAAAAAAGCUAGCGUUAAAGAGCUCAUGAUUGUUGGCAGAUGCUUCGUUCUCGUAAUGGUGGCAGCUAGCGUUGCUUGGAUCCCCGUAAUAGAAUCAUUUCAAGGGGGGCAAUUGUACAUUUAUAUUCAGUCUAUGGGCUCAUAUUUAGCUCCUCCUAUUGCUUGUGUGUUUCUUUUGGCCGUUAUGUGGCCAAGGUGCAACGAACAAGGUGCUUUUUGGAGUCUAAUGCUUGGCCUGGGUAUUGGUUUGAUACGUAUGUUUCUAGAUCUAGUAUAUAAGACACCUAGCUGUGGAAAUAUCGAUACCCGCCCGGCCCUUAUAAGGGUUCAUUUUUUAUAUUUCGCUGCAAUCCUUUUUUGGAUCACGUCCCUUUUCUGCAUAGCUAUUAGUCUCUUAACGCAACCGUUACCAAAAAAAUACCUCAUAAAGACUACUUAUUGGACCAGAUUUGCCAACUACGAAACCGCGAAAUGCUUUACUUCUAACCCAAACUCAGAACACCAACUACUCAAUAAAACACAAAUACUUAAUUCUACUUCAUAUCCUACAGCUAAUGGUUCCAAGUUCACAAAAUUAUCGACAGGUCUCAACACAAAUGGCAACUUUAAUGAAAGCACUAAUGAUAAAAUUGGCGAUCACAAAAAUAAAAUUAACAACGUUGAUUUGAUUGCUUCCUCGCAUAAUCAAAUUUUGCAAACAUCUCAAGAACCUUCGCAAUCGUCGCAAUCUCCUCUCACCGAAAAAAACAAUCCCCAAAACGGCAAAUGCUCUAAAAUCCAUACCAUAUGGAUGUGGUUUUUGGGAUUCGAACACAAUUUAUCGGAACAAUCAAUUUUAAACGCGCAAAAUUUGGAAGCAAUUCAUGCUGAAAGAUUGGAAAAAAUUCAAUCCUUAAGUCAGAGCCCUAUAGCCGAUUUUAUCAUCAAGGCUAAUGUUGUUCUAAUCAUUUCCUUGGCCAUUUUUUUGAUGCUCUAUUUCACUUUUUAAACACAAAUCUCCCCUCCCCUCAUUUAAAAAAAAAAUUGUUUAUAGAGUUUUCGUCUAAACACAUUAAAUAAAAAUGCAAAAGAUUUCCCAAAUAUUGCUAAUCGAUGGUUAAUUUUUUGUUAACUUUAAAGUUAGGUAUUUUUUAUACCAAUAUAAAUUUCGUAUUAUAUUUCAUAGCUAUGAUCAUUUUAAUAUAAAGAAUAUUAUAAGCUGUCUAAAUUUUAUUGUAAAACUAAUAUAUUUGCAUGUACAUGUCAUCCAAUUUAUCCAUUCCUUCAUAUUAUAUAGAGAACAUUUUAAACUAAUUCCCAAAAAUACUCA